CAGCGGGAUCUAAAGCACAAAGAAAGGACGACUAGAAUCCUGGUCAGCAUGUCCGAGGUGCUGCCGUACAACGAGGGCAAAAUGAGCGGCUACGGGGCGGACAGCGAGGUCAGCCAGAUGUCCUUUAGCUGCGGACUGCAGGACACAAGCGCCUUUUUUGCCGGCUCGCAGGCUAAAAGACCCCCGAAGCUCGGCCAGAUCGGCAGAGCCAAGCGAGUGGUGAUCGAGGACGACCGAAUAGACGAGGUCCUGAAGGGCAUGACGGACAAGUCGUCGCCCGGCGUCUAAACACCACGCGCGAUGCCUUGCAGACUCUUUUUAUUUUGAUCACCGAUUCGAAGCACUUGUCGGCCGUGCAUGUUGGGAGGACUGCAGGACAAGACGUCACAAUGGGAUGAAAAGGAAGGAUGAAGAGGGGAGGAGUGGUCAUGGGAUAUUCCUCCACGCCAGACCCGAUUUUUGUUUUCUUUUCAAAGAGGGGAAAAAGAAACCCUGUGAGACGUGGAGACCUGCGCUGGUGAUGGAUGAACUUGUCAUUAACCACCGCCUCCUUCCUCCUCGCUGUAAACGCGCUGUACGCAAGCAAAAACAAGGCGCAGGAGGACGACGCUCGAUGUUGUACAGUAGGCUCGGCUCGCAGAACCGCCCCACCUCCUCCUUCCUAUUUAGAUGGUGCGUUCAGGGGAGCUGUCCUUUCAGCACCGGUCCGAUGCAUUCCUGUUGCCGCUCUACUGCUUUGUGAUCCCAACCCCCCCUCCUGCAAACAGACCAAGUCGAGCGGAGACCAGAUUGUAUGUAAAAACAUGAUGUGUGUAUAUCCGAGGACGGUGCAAUGUCGAUCUUUUCUGUAGUGGAACCCUACUUGUGUUGGCCACUUUCUAGCUUUAGCCAUCACCGGUUGGAGUUGCAGGUUGGUUCCUUCAUGUAGCUCAUGUAAAACCUGCACAUAUCUUUUAUUUAUUAUUUGCAUCGCAAAGUAUUUACCAAAAGUGAAUAUCUAAACUAACAGUGGGAAUAUUAUUCUUUCUAUUAUCCGUGUUUUCCGUCAUGCAUGAAUUGUCACUCCGGUGCCAAGGCAGGUGCCGCCACUCUUACCCCCCGGCACGCUUGUUUUUAAACAACAAAAAGAGUCAUAUUUGUAUUUUUAUAUCUAAAUAUUUGUUAUUUAAAUGAUAUGCUCGUCUAUGGUCUUACAAUUCAUCAACAAAAAGAGUUUCUACUUCGGAGAGGACACGGAGGAGCGAGGCCAGGCGCAUUUUUUCGGACUGCUCUCGUUUGAUUAUCAGCGCUCUGAGGUUUUUUAAAGACUAACUGAAUGUGUCGGGGUUUUUUGCACACAUCGAUGUUCAACUAUUAGUAAGAAAUCGUAUACUGUGACUUGAGCUUCGUUGAUGAAUUUGUUAGAAAAUGGCAGUUUUAGAGUAUCGCACUGUUUACGAGUAUACUCAAAUAACUCAUUUUGAACAUUUUUUUUUUUAUUAUUAAGUUGGUUUAUUUUGUACCAUCAUUUUAAAGAAACUGGAUAUGGUUCGUUGUGCAUGAAACCUUAAUAUUUUCAAUAACGGAACAUUGUUUUAUGAAGCAAAAAAAAAAAAACCACAAAAAAAGCAACAAAAAUGUCAUGACAUUCUAAGAAUGAGUCAUUGUAUAUUAUGAUGCCAUUUUCACUGUAUUUGGUGAACUAAUAAAUGGUGAAAGAAGA